GUCGCAGGGAAAGCCGGCGAGAAAGUGUCAGUUCAUAAUCUUGAUAGUUGACACAUUUUUUGCGUACGAGGGCGUGGAUGUCGCCGUUCAUGAGUCUGCCGAUGGGUCUUGGAGGUGUAGAACCUAGGAGACAUGUUAUGUAUUUGACGGCGACCACACCAGGACACGCACGCUAGCAUUGCGACGACCAACCUGACACUCGACGCGAAAGAGAGUGUCCCCCGCUCGAAGUCAUCUCUAAUACAAAUAACAAUACCAAUAUUUACAAUAUGACGAUUGAUUCCUAUUACGACACGAACUAUGGAACCUUGAAUGAAACUUUGAACGGCAAUUACACUUUUACGCUCAAUGAUAGUAUCCCGGAGAUCGGAGAACCAAUGUGCCCCAAGGGACUACCUCCCGCUGCUAUUUACAUGAAAGUUCUAACCGGGAAACACAUCGCGAUGUUAUCGCUAGCAGCAGUCUUCACCCUAAUCAAUCUAAUCGUGUUCAUCGACGCAUUUAUCUUUCUCAAUGCCCAGGUUCCACUUAAACGAAGAAAGGCUAGGAUACUUUGGAUAUUAGGCAUUUAUCCAGUGUUUUCAGUGUCGUCAUUAAUAGCUCUAUGCAUUCCACGAUCAUCGGUUCUUACAGGGUUAACCUCGUCUAUGUAUUUGUCAGUUGCGUUGUAUCAAUUUAUGUUGCUUGUGUUUGACUACUUCGGUGGACUUACUGCAAUGGUCGCCAUGUUAAAGGGACAGAAGAUGUUCCUGGGAACACCACCUGUUUUAAUACUAUGCUGUUGCUGUAUGCCUAGCUUAAAUAUUACGCGACCCAGUUUGAGGUGGUUGAGGAGACUGGUGUUACAGGUUGCUGUCGUCAGACCAAUAAUAUUAUUUAUUUGCGCUGUUAUGUGGGCUGACGGAAGUGCUCUCUAUAUCCCAGGAAAGUUUACUCCAGACGGCGCUUUUCUAUAUUUACAAACAGUGAGCGUGUUGUCCACGCUGACUGCGUUCCAAGCGAUCGUCAUCCUUUUCAAAGUGUCGAAGGAGCCUUUGAUGAAUUAUAAAAUCGUGCCUAAAUUCUUCAGUAUACAGCUGGCAAUGAUCUUUAGUAACAUACAGGGUGUCCUGAUUGGGUUCUUAAUUGCUGGAGGGAAAAUACCUUGCACCCCAACGUGGUCGUCAGGAAUGGAAGGCAUGUUUAUACACAACUUCGCUCUGAUAAUCGAAAUGUUCACCUUCUCCUUACUGGCUCGAUUCUCAUAUCGUAAGAGGGCUGGUAACCUUGACUACGUUGCUCCACCAAGACCGUCAUUCAUGAGGCCGCGGUCGUCGAUAAGUUUCAAGUGGCAAGAACGAAACGGGGACACGGAAAACUAUCUGAAAGCGAAGGGCGAAUUUAAAGAGAUUGAGGACAUGUGUAACGGGAACACGAUCGUAGCAACGGUACCCAAACAGAACGGGUACGCUGACAUCAUAAAGACUGAUCUUGAUCAGCCCAUCAGCAAUGUGUGACGCUGAAGACGCCCACGUUGCCUAGCAACUGUCUCCUUCAUAGGGCCGUCUACUUAAAUUUGGAUUUAAACUGGUGCACCAUCUACUUAUUAAAUUUGGGUUUAAACACAGCACAUCAAAGUCACAUUAAUGAGAUAAAGCAAUGUUUACUUACACUGUAUAUGUAAAUAUGAACUAGCCAACUUCAUAAGACACAAUUACGCUUGCUUUUUAUACUUAUUUGAAUAUUAACAUAUCAAUUAUCAUGUAACCCUUCCUCCUUAACAUUAUAGUCGAUUUUUGUUAUUAGUUUUACUCACCUAUUAACUAUCUACUGAAUCUGGUGAUGGUCUAAGAAAUGCUAACCUGAUAACUAACCAGAUUUCUUUUUGUUCAGUUUUCUAUGAAUAGUAUAGUUUGACCAAAUUCACCAUGCCGCUACAUUUUGAUUUAUCGAAGCUCACAGUCCCUAUAUAGGGAUUGUGUAUUAUUUUUAUAUUGUAAUAUAUUGGUUUUACCUUAUUUUUUAUGUUAUUUGCAUUUAUGUGUCUGGUUAUACAACGUUAAACAUUGUAGGACAAUUAUUUUUCAUUUAAUGAGGCUGAAGUGGUUACUUAGAGGGAGUAUAUUAUCUGAAAACUAAUAUCAUUUCAUUGAUGAAAUGUAAUUCCAUUUACAUCACAGCAAUAUAUUGUAAUUACUGUGAACUAAGUUGUAAAUCUACUGAUUGUUUUUAUUUGUGAUUUAUUUUGUAAUAAUAAAUUC